CCUGCGCAUUGGCCCAUUACUGGCUCUAAUCGCUGUGGUCGGGGCUCGGGACCGGCUGCCAUCUUAGUCCAGGGACUGAGGAGUCGCCGCCGCCCCGAGUCCCGGUAACAUGCAUUUCACAGUGGCCUUCUGGAGACAACGCCUUAACCCAAAGAAGUGACUUGAACAGUGAGAACUUCAGGUUUGCUGUCCUAUUGGUGGUAUGUCUGACAGUGGAUCACAACUUGGUUCAAUGGGUAGCCUGACCAUGAAAUCACAACUUCAAAUCACUGUCCUCUCAGCAAAACUUAAAGAAAAUAAAAAGAAUUGGUUUGGACCAAGUCCUUAUGUGGAAGUGACAGUAGACGGACAGUCAAAGAAGACAGAAAAAUGUAAUAAUACGAAUAGCCCCAAAUGGAAGCAGCCACUUACAGUUAUCGUUACCCCUGUGAGUAAAUUACAUUUUCGUGUGUGGAGUCACCAGACACUGAAAUCUGAUGUUUUGUUGGGAACUGCUGCAGUAGAUAUAUAUGAAACCUUAAAGUCGAACAAUAUGAAACUUGAAGAAGUGGUUGUGUCUUUGCAGCUUAUAGGUGACAAAGAGCCAACAGAGACAAUAGGAGACUUGUCAGUCUGUCUUGAUGGCCUACAAUUAGAGGCUGAAGGUGUUACUAAUGGGGAAACUACAAGUUCAGAAAAUGCUUCACAGAAUGAUGAUGACUCCAGACCCAAGGAUGAAACAAGAGUGAACACAAAUGAAUCAGGUGACACUGAAGAUGCAGGGUCUGGUGAAAAUAAGAGAGUCAAUGGGAAUAAUUCUCCAUCACUCUCAAAUGGUGGUUUCAAACCUUCUAGACCUCCGAGACCUUCACGACCACCUCCACCUACCCCACGUAGACCAGCUUCUGUCAAUGGUUCACCGUCUGCCACAUCUGAAAGUGAUGGAUCUAGUACAGGUUCUCUGCCACCAACAAACACAAAUACAAAUACAUCUGAAGGAACAACAUCUGGAUUAAUAAUCCCUCUUACUAUAUCGGGAGGCUCAGGCCCUAGGCCAUUAAAUCCUGUAACUCAAGCUCCCCUACCACCUGGGUGGGAACAGAGAGUGGACCAGCAUGGGCGAGUUUAUUAUGUAGAUCAUGUUGAAAAAAGAACAACAUGGGAUAGACCUGAACCUCUACCUCCUGGUUGGGAACGGCGGGUUGACAACAUGGGACGUAUUUAUUAUGUUGACCAUUUCACAAGAACAACAACAUGGCAGAGGCCAACAUUAGAAUCUGUUCGGAACUAUGAGCAGUGGCAGCUGCAACGUAGUCAACUGCAAGGAGCUAUGCAGCAGUUUAACCAGAGAUUCAUUUAUGGGAAUCAAGAUUUGUUUGCUGCAUCACAAAAUAAAGAAUUUGAUCCCCUUGGCCCUUUGCCACCUGGAUGGGAGAAGAGAACUGAUAGCAAUGGCAGAGUGUAUUUUGUCAAUCACAACACUCGAAUUACACAGUGGGAAGACCCCAGAAGUCAAGGUCAAUUAAAUGAAAAGCCCUUACCUGAAGGCUGGGAAAUGAGAUUCACAGUGGAUGGAAUUCCAUAUUUUGUGGAUCACAAUAGAAGAACAACCACCUAUAUAGAUCCCCGCACAGGAAAAUCUGCCCUGGACAAUGGACCUCAGAUAGCCUAUGUUCGGGACUUCAAGGCAAAGGUUCAGUAUUUCCGGUUCUGGUGUCAGCAAUUGGCCAUGCCACAGCACAUAAAGAUUACAGUAACAAGAAAAACAUUAUUUGAGGAUUCCUUUCAGCAGAUAAUGAGCUUCAGUUCUCAAGAUCUUCGAAGACGUUUGUGGGUGAUUUUUCCAGGAGAAGAAGGUUUAGAUUAUGGAGGUGUAGCAAGAGAAUGGUUCUUUCUUUUGUCACAUGAAGUGUUGAACCCAAUGUAUUGCCUGUUUGAAUAUGCAGGGAAGGAUAACUACUGCUUACAGAUAAACCCUGCUUCUUACAUCAAUCCAGAUCACCUGAAAUAUUUUCGGUUUAUUGGCAGGUUUAUCGCCAUGGCUCUGUUCCAUGGGAAAUUCAUAGACACAGGUUUUUCUUUACCGUUCUACAAACGUAUCCUUAACAAACCAGUUGGACUUAAGGAUUUAGAAUCUAUUGACCCAGAAUUUUAUAAUUCUCUCAUCUGGGUUAAAGAAAACAACAUUGAGGAAUGUGGUUUGGAAAUGUACUUCUCUGUCGAUAAAGAAAUUCUAGGUGAAAUUAAGAGUCAUGAUUUAAAACCAAAUGGUGGCAAUAUUCUUGUAACAGAAGAAAAUAAAGAAGAAUACAUCAGAAUGGUAGCUGAGUGGAGGUUGUCUCGAGGUGUUGAAGAACAGACGCAAGCUUUCUUCGAAGGUUUUAAUGAAAUUCUUCCCCAGCAGUAUUUGCAGUACUUUGAUGCAAAGGAAUUAGAGGUCCUUUUAUGUGGCAUGCAGGAGAUUGAUUUGAAUGACUGGCAAAGACAUGCCAUCUACCGUCAUUACACUAGGACAAGCAAACAAAUCAUGUGGUUUUGGCAGUUUGUUAAAGAAAUUGAUAAUGAGAAGAGAAUGAGACUUUUGCAGUUUGUUACUGGAACCUGCCGAUUGCCAGUAGGAGGAUUUGCUGACCUCAUGGGGAGCAAUGGACCACAGAAAUUCUGCAUUGAAAAAGUUGGGAAGGAAAAUUGGUUACCCAGAAGCCAUACCUGUUUUAACCGCCUGGACCUUCCACCUUACAAGAGCUAUGAGCAACUGAAGGAAAAGCUGUUGUUUGCCAUUGAAGAAACAGAAGGAUUUGGACAAGAGUAACUUCUAAGACUGCACCACCAAUGGAUAAGAACUUAUUUGCAGUAUUUGUCUUUUUCCUUCUCUGCCUGUUGCACAUAUUGUAAAAUUGGGCUGUGACAGUUUAGAGUUAUCUAAGUGUAAGUAAAUUAAUGUUACCAUUGAAAUUUAUCUCCCAGCGAUUUUGGAUUUCUACUCAUUUACAGAAACAGAUCUACAAACAACUAGUCAGAUCCUUCCUUAAUAUGAGAUUUAACACUGCAAUGAAAUCUGCAUUGUUUUAUUCCACUAGAUUAUUUCCUUAAUCAUUUUGUAUGUGUGUCAAAAGUCUUACUUGGAAGUAGGCUUUUUUCUUUCAGAAAUUCUGCAAAUAUACAGGGAAAUCUCUCAGUAACGGCAAUAUACAGGAUCUUCCUAUUAAGCCUCUUGCUAAGAGGUAUUUAAUAAAAGCGCAAGCUUAGCCCAGGUUCUGGGCACAUGAGCAGACUUCUAGCUUGUGCUCUCCCUCUCAUUUCAGUCUGGCCUGACUGUUGUUUUCCUUCCUGGAGCAUGAAUACAUGCAUCAUUCUGAUGUUAUUCCUGGAAGUGAUGCAAGACUUACAUCUUUACAAAGUAGUUUUGUCUUUGAAUUCAGGGAAAAGUAGGUUCCAGCUGGCAAAUGACUUCAUACCUCUCUUCAUUUGGAAAUUUGUUUUAAUUGCCUUGCAAAUACUGCAACAAUGUUAACACUGUGGUUAUUCACUGUUUUUAAAAAGUUAAUUGGAGUUAAUUUAACUGAAUUUAUCUAAGACUAUUAUUGCUAACUUUUGUAUGCUCCUAUAUGUAAACUGAAACCUUAUAAUUUUAUCACAAUCUAACAACUUCAAUUGUAUUUAAUUAUUGCUAAGGACUUUGAGUUGUAACUAGACUGUUUCCUAGAUCAAAUAGAGGUCAGUGAAACAGCUUCUGAAAUCACAUUUUCAUUUGGAAAUGAGAGGUGUGGUACUAGCUAAAAAGAAGGGAAGAUAAUAUCUAGUAACCACAGAAAUGUAUUCUGGGUAUAAAUUAAAAUCUUCAGAUUUACUAUUUCUCUGACACAUGUUGGAGUAGUCUUUUACAUUGUCCUGAAUUGAAUUGAUAUUCCUCAUCUGCAAUAUUCUUUUUACCUUAAAAAUUUUAGCAGGUUUUCUUUAUUUCUCCAUAACUAGUUUUUUUUUGUUUUUUUUUUGGUACCGGGGAUCGAACUCGGGUCCUUGCACUUGCACAGCAGGCAGCGAAACCACUGAGCUAAAUCCCUGGCCCCAUAACUAGUUUUUUAAAAGACUGCUCCUUUAGUAACUCAUUAAUGCACUUUGGCCUUCUUUGUAGUUAAUUUAUUUAACUUGGCCUAUAGAUUGUCAAGAUGGCUGCUAUCAUAGAUUUGACUUUAUGGGUAGUGAGAUGAGGCCUAAGCCAGCUGAGUCCCUAUCAUAGCCAAACCCUGAGGACAGCCUUAUAACCCAUGUAACAGGGACUUUGGCAUGUUUCAGUAGUAUAGCAUGAACAAGUAGCAUUAGGCCAAGUAUACACAGCAAGUAGCAGAUCCCUGUUCUGUAUGGAAAGAAAAUAUUUUUACAUCACCACCUGCUCUUCCUAUUUACAUCCUAGAACAACAAAAACAUUUCUUAACUUGUGUAUCUGUACUCUUUGACACUGCCAUCAUAAAGCAGAGACUUAAUGUGAGUAAAAGGGUUGCCUCAUCCAAAAACUAUCAGUGUAAAGGGGAGAUUAAGAUUUCCCCAACUGUUUUAUAUUCCACGUACCCUAGGAAAUGUAGUGUGAUCUCUAAAAGCCCUAGUUUCUAAAAUAGGGAUUCUCUGCCUUUUUGUUGGUAGGGUAAAAAAAAAUGCUAUUGCUUUGUCUUACAGAGCAAAUGUCUGCCAACUACCCAUUCAUUAUGUAUGUCUGAACUUUGGUAAUAUAUGGCUGUGAAGAUUAAGCCUUCUAUAAAUACAUACUAUUGAGGCAAAUUCUCAUAAUGAAAUGCAGUUACCUAUAAUAUUUGCUAGAGAUUUAUAAGAUUAAAUUAAGAGAUAAUGUAAGCAAAUAGGCUUUUUGGUUCUAUAUAAUGCUUCAUGAUUCAUUUAGGGACCUAGAAAUAUUGUGUGAAAAUGUAUAAAUAUUACCCAAAAGGCUUUCUGCCCUAUAUUUUUAAAAUACAGAAUAGUUAUAUUUGAAGUAGUCCUGGCCCUAGUUCUAUAGGGCUUGGCUAUUUAAUAUUUUUAUGGAAGAAACAUUUAGUUCUGGAAAAGGUAAAUGCUUGUAUAUAUUUUUGCAGCCCAGGAUCUCCCUACUCCAUUUCUUCCUUUAAUUUAAGUGGCCACAUGUAUAUGUCUUCCCUGCUGUGUUAGGAAAAUGGGGGCUGGAUAUCCCAAGAAUCAGAGGUUACAUAAAAAAAAAUAACUACAAAUAGACAACAAACAAAUAUCUACAAAUGUUAUAUUAAAUUUUUGUCUAAACUGAACAUUUGGAAAUAGAUUUAUUGUAAAUGUUUAAUUAGAGCUUUUUUAAAAAUCUGAACUAAAUUGCUUUUAAGGUCCUUUUUCUUUGUAAGCAUUGUAAAUGCUAAUAAAUCUUGUUGAUUAUUUUUUAAUGCAUGUUAUGUUGAAAUAAAAACAAAGUAAAAUGA